AUGCAUCUGCCUCAAAGAAGGAGACUCCAUCAUAGUCGCAUACUCUUCUUCCUCUCAGGUGUGUUGUUAUGCUGCAUCUACACACUAACUUUCAAGGCCAGGCUCUCAGAGCCAUGGCUAGCCCUCCAGACAGCGAAGGACACUGGGGGAAAGGAGGACGAUGAUAGCGUUUUAAAGAUAGACACACGGGAUCUUACUGUGUCUAAUGUGACUAAGGUAGAUGUUAUGUCUGAGAGUACCCAGGCACCCCUAGUAAUAACCGUCAACAGGACUGACCUCAAACACUGUAUCUAUGUGGACCACGAGCCUCCAGAUCCCACUUCAGCUCCAACUCCCACAACCCCUGCACCAACCUCCAUCCCUUCGAACCCUGAAGAACCCCCUCACAGAAAGGGAGAGUACCCAGAGGACAUCUUUUCUGUGGAACAACGUAAAGAAGGCUGGGUGGUUCUACACAUCCUAGGGAUGAUCUACAUGUUUGUUUCCCUUGCCAUCGUCUGCGAUGAGUUCUUUGUGCCUGCGCUGGGUGUCAUUACUGACAGGUUGAAGAUCUCUGACGAUGUCGCUGGUGCAACCUUUAUGGCCGCCGGUGGUUCUGCCCCUGAGCUUUUCACAUCUCUAAUAGGGGUCUUCAUCUCCCAUAGCAAUGUUGGCAUCGGCACCAUUGUGGGCUCAGCUGUCUUCAACAUCCUGUUCGUGAUUGGCAUGUGUGCUGUCUUCUCCAGGGAGAUGUUGUAUCUCACCUGGUGGCCCCUGUUCAGGGAUGUGUCCUUUUACAUUGUGGAUCUCCUAAUGCUAAUAGUCUUUUUUCUGGACAACACUAUUAUGUGGUGGGAAAGCAUGAUGCUAGUUUGUGGGUAUGUGUCCUACGUGAGCUUCAUGAAGUUCAACGUUCAGAUUGAACAUGCCGUCAAGACACAGCUCAACAAGCACAUGAGCAGCGUCAAAGCCCUGGAAGAGCCAGAGAAGGUAAAGCCUGUUUUACAGCGAGGGGGCAGUAAUGCUUCUCUCCACAACAGCAACUUGAGGAACACCAUCUUCCAGCUCAUGAUCCACACUCUGGACCCAGUGGGAGAAGUGAGAAAAAAAGUCAAGACUGAGGUGUUGAACCCCCAGGUCAGAGAGAAGUUAGAAAGCAAGUCCCACUGCAAAGCUGAAGGAAUAGACAAGAAGCCUGAUCAGGCCAACUCUGUCAGUGUGCAGGUGAGCCCCGUGGCCGAGCCCUCCACAUCUGAGCCCACCAAGACGGAAGAGAAGGAGAAAACAGAGCAGCCAGAGAAAGCAGAGCAGCCAGACAAACAACCAAAUGAGAUACACUCUGAGAGCAGUGAUGAUGAAGAUGACGACGAUGAUGAUGAUGAUGACGACAGUGGGGAUCAAGAUGAUGAAGAAGCGGGGGAGGAGCAAGAAGAGGAAGAAGAGGUUGAAGAGCCACUGUCAUUAGAAUGGCCUGAAACUAGGCGCAAACAGAUCACCUAUCUCCUGCUGCUGCCCAUUGUGUUCCCUUUGUGGCUCACUGUGCCUGAUGUUCGCAAUCCAGGAUCGAGAAAGUACUUUGCUAUGACGUUCAUCGGCUCCAUCAUGUGGAUUGCAAUAUUUUCCUAUCUAAUGGUGUGGUGGGCACAUCAGGUGGGUGAGACUAUAGGCAUCUCAGAGGAGAUCAUGGGUCUGACCAUCCUCGCGGCAGGCACCUCCAUUCCGGACCUCAUCACCAGCGUGAUCGUGGCUCGUAAAGGCCUGGGAGACAUGGCUGUGUCCAGCUCGGUCGGCAGCAACAUCUUUGACAUCACUAUGGGCCUUCCUGUCCCCUGGCUCAUGUUCUCCAUGUUACAUGGAGGUGUGCCUGUGGCGGUCAACUCCAACGGCCUCUUCUGUGCCAUCGUGCUGCUGUUCCUCAUGUUGCUCUUUGUGAUCAUCUCCAUCGCCGCCUGCCGCUGGAAGAUGAGCCGCGCGCUGGGCUUCACCAUGUUCCUGCUCUACUUUGUGUUCCUGAUCCUCAGCGUCAUGCUCGAGGACCGCCUCAUCAUCUGCCCCAUUUCUAUUUGA